GAUUUGCGAAGUCAAUGCUUGUUCUUAGUCAAGCUAGCACAAGAGAGAAAACUGAAAUGACUGGUCCACAUAUUCUGGUAAUACCUUUUCCAGCACAGGGCCAUGUAAUUCCCUUACUUGAGCUUUCUCAUCGGUUAGUCAAGCACGGCCUCAGGGUCACGUUUGUGAGCACGGAUCAUGUUCACAAGCGGAUCAUCAACGCCUUGCAGGAAAAGAAUCAUGUAGGAGAUGAUCAAGAGAUCAGCCUGGUAUCGAUUUCGGACGGAUUGGAGCCCUGGGAGGAUAGAAAUGAUUUAGGCAAGUUAUGUGAAUCACUGGUAAAAGUGAUGCCUGGGAAGCUGGAAGAGAUCAUAAAAGAGAUCAACAACAAAGAGGAAGGCGGAAAGAUUACUUGUGUUAUUGCUGAUGUGCAUGUUGGAGUGACCCUGGAAGUAGCAGAGAAACUGAAAAUCAAGGGAGCUGCGUUUAUGCCAAUGGCGGCAGCGGCUCUGGCCUUGUACUACCAUGUUCCGAAGAUGAUCAAUGAUGGGAUCAUUAACAAAGAUGGAACUUCGAUUGAGAGACAAAUGAUUAAGUUGGGAGAAAACAUGCCUGCAAUCAGCAGUGCAAAUCUCAUCUGGAACAUUGGCGAUUUAUUUACCCAGAGGAGUAUUUUUCAGCUUAUCGCUAAGUGCACAGAAGGUACACAAAUGGCAGCUGAUUACCUGAUUUGCAACACGACGUAUGAGCUUGAGACUGAAGCAUUCAAUGUUGUUCCGAAAAUUAUUCCAAUUGGACCUCUUUUAGCAAGCAAUAGAGAAGGAAAUUCGGCGGGACAUUUCUGGCCGGAAGACUCAAGUUGCUUGGCAUGGCUGGAUCAACAGGAACCGAAUUCAGUCGCUUAUGUUGCAUUUGGCAGCUUCACAGUUUUGGACAAGACCCAAUUCCAGGAGCUGGCACUGGGGCUUGAACUUACAAACAAGCCAUUCUUAUGGGUUGUGAGGCCAGACAUUACCGACGAUGCAAAUGAAGCCUACCCAGAAGGCUUUACAGAAAGGGUAGCCAACCGUGGGAAAAUGGUGGGUUGGGCACCUCAACAGAAGGUUCUGAGUCACCCUUCCAUUGCCUGUUUCAUGAGCCAUUGUGGUUGGAAUUCCACCAUGGAAGGAGUAAGCAAUGGGCUUCCUUUCUUGUGCUGGCCAUACUUCGCUGACCAGUUCAUUAAUGAGACCUACAUUGCUGAUAUUUGGAUGGUGGGACUGAAGUUCAACAAAGACGAAAAUGGGAUAAUCAGUCGAGAAGAAAUCAAGAGGAAAGUGGAUCAAGUGCUUGGUGAUGAAAAUUUCAAAGCAAGAGCUUCAGAACUGCAGGAAUUUGCAUUGAAAAGUACCAAAGAAGGUGGGCCGUCUAACCAGAAUUUCAAGAAGUUCAUUGACUGGUUAAGGGCAUGGGAAGUGGAUUAAGACAUCUAUCUACCAAUGGAUCAUUUUUAAUGGAAGAAAUAAAUUUGCGUGCACAUCUUUGAAUUUUUCUAGAUUUAAAUAAUGUUGUUUAUUUAAUUAUUAAAUAUAACAUUCAAAUAAUACUUUAACAAAACCCACAAAUAUGGGACGGGCUGUCAA